UUGGCAGGCAGAGUCACUGCGUUAACGCCAGACAGAGCAUAACCAGCAGCAAGAGCAACAUGGACACCAGCGGUAUCAUUCCCGACAUCAUCGACGACAAGCCAAAGGCUCGUGUUACCGUCACCUACCCAUCCGGUGCUCAGGUCGAUGUCGGCAAGGAGCUCACACCCACCCAGGUGAAGGACCAGCCCACCGUUAGCUGGGAUGCCGAAGCUGGCGCCCUGUACACUCUCCUCAUGGUCGAUCCUGAUGCACCCAGCCGCAGCGAUCCCACGAUGCGCGAGGUGCUCCACUGGGCCGUGAUCAACAUUCCCGGCAACAACGUGGCCAAUGGCCAAGUGCUCGCCGAGUAUGUGGGCGCCGGCCCAGCUCAGGGCAGCGGUCUGCAUCGCUAUGUCUUCUUUGUCUUCAAGCAGAACGACAAGAUCACCAGCGACAAGUUCAUCAGCAAGACCACUCUGGAGGGUCGUCUCAAUGUGAAGAUCCGCGACUAUGUGGCCAAGUAUAACUUCGGCAUCCCUGUGGCCGGCAACUUCUUCCAGGCUCAGUACGACGACUCCGUGCCCGCCAUCCGUGCCCAGCUGGGCAAAUAAGCAACACACUCUUGUUCUCUGUACAUCAUGAAUCAAUAAAUCUUUAUACCUAUUUGUUCAUAAGCAAAA